CAUAAAUACUGUAGCCCGUGACUGCGCAGUUAUUAUUUUCAGAUCAGAGACACAGCUGUUAUCACCAGAGGAGAAGAAAAAAAUACCCGCCGUCGUUUGCUUAUAAAGAGCUAAGAUGCAGAUCUUUGUGAAGACGUUGACUGGGAAAACCAUCACCCUUGAGGUGGAGCCCAGUGACACCAUUGAGAAUGUCAAGGCCAAGAUCCAAGACAAAGAGGGCAUUCCCCCAGACCAGCAGAGGUUGAUCUUCGCUGGCAAGCAGCUGGAAGAUGGCCGCACCCUCUCUGAUUACAACAUCCAGAAAGAGUCCACUCUGCACUUGGUGCUCAGGCUGAGAGGAGGUAUGCAGAUCUUUGUGAAGACCCUCACAGGCAAGACGAUCACCCUUGAGGUUGAACCCAGUGACACCAUUGAGAAUGUGAAGGCAAAGAUCCAGGACAAAGAGGGCAUUCCCCCAGACCAGCAGAGGUUGAUCUUCGCUGGCAAGCAGCUGGAAGAUGGCCGCACCCUAUCAGACUACAACAUCCAGAAAGAAUCUACUCUCCAUCUUGUCCUUCGUCUGAGAGGAGGCAUGCAGAUCUUUGUGAAGACGCUGACCGGCAAAACCAUCACUCUAGAAGUGGAACCAAGCGACACCAUUGAAAAUGUCAAGGCCAAGAUCCAGGACAAAGAAGGCAUUCCCCCAGACCAGCAGAGAUUGAUCUUCGCAGGCAAGCAGCUUGAAGAUGGCCGCACCUUGUCUGACUACAACAUCCAGAAAGAGUCCACCCUCCAUCUGGUGCUUCGUCUGAGAGGAGGCAUGCAGAUCUUCGUGAAGACCCUCACAGGCAAAACCAUCACUCUAGAAGUGGAACCAAGCGACACCAUUGAAAAUGUCAAGGCCAAGAUCCAGGACAAAGAAGGCAUUCCCCCAGACCAGCAGAGGUUGAUCUUCGCUGGUAAGCAGCUGGAAGACGGUCGCACCCUUUCAGACUACAACAUCCAGAAAGAGUCCACCCUCCACCUGGUGCUACGUUUGAGGGGAGGCAUGCAGAUAUUCGUGAAGACCUUGACGGGCAAAACCAUCACCCUUGAGGUGGAACCAAGCGACACCAUCGAGAAUGUGAAGGCCAAAAUCCAGGACAAAGAAGGCAUUCCCCCAGACCAGCAGAGGUUGAUCUUCGCUGGUAAGCAGCUGGAAGAUGGUCGCACCCUGUCAGACUACAACAUCCAGAAAGAGUCCACUCUGCACUUGGUGCUCAGGCUGAGAGGAGGUAUGCAGAUCUUCGUGAAGACCCUCACAGGCAAGACGAUCACCCUUGAGGUUGAACCCAGUGACACCAUCGAGAACGUUAAGGCAAAGAUCCAGGACAAAGAGGGCAUUCCCCCAGACCAGCAGAGGUUGAUCUUCGCUGGUAAACAGCUGGAAGAUGGCCGCACUCUUUCAGACUACAACAUUCAGAAAGAAUCUACUCUCCAUCUUGUCCUCCGUCUGAGAGGAGGCAUGCAGAUCUUCGUGAAGACGCUCACAGGCAAGACCAUCACCCUUGAGGUGGAGCCCAGCGACACAAUUGAAAAUGUCAAGGCAAAGAUCCAGGACAAAGAAGGCAUUCCUCCAGACCAGCAGAGGCUGAUCUUUGCUGGCAAACAGCUGGAAGAUGGCCGCACCUUGUCUGACUACAACAUCCAGAAAGAGUCCACCCUCCAUCUGGUGCUUCGUCUGAGGGGAGGCAUGCAGAUCUUCGUGAAGACCUUGACGGGCAAAACCAUCACCCUUGAGGUAGAACCAAGCGACACCAUCGAGAAUGUGAAGGCCAAGAUUCAGGACAAAGAAGGCAUUCCCCCAGACCAGCAGAGGUUGAUCUUCGCAGGCAAACAGCUUGAAGAUGGCCGCACCCUCUCUGAUUAUAACAUUCAGAAAGAAUCUACUUUGCACUUGGUGCUGCGUCUGAGAGGAGGACAGUAAUGGUCAAUCCCUGCCCCUUAUUCCCAACUUUUUAAAAAACACUUGAGUUCACUUUUUCAUCCCAUUUUUUUUUACUAUGGUUCCUGAGUCAAUAAAAGAAUUGCAAGUUA